AUGGGAUCUUUCCUUGCCGAUGGUGCGUUGGGGAGCGGAGCAUUGAUGGCCAAAGGGCUUGCAUUCUAUGCCGGUAAUACGGAUUCUCAUAAUCCUUUGGGUGCCGUAAAAGGUAUAUAUAAAAAGGCUACCUCCGUAUAUCGCGGUUUGGCGUACGUGUCAUCGGUAAUACCUAAACCCAAGGCUUCAGCAGGAGUCAACGAAGCAAAGCAAAAGAAGUGUGAUAGACCAUUUACCACAUUCGAACGCGUGAAACGUCUACCUAAGGAAUAUGCCAAAGUACGCAAGAUGUUUGAUGAAUGCCGCGCCUUGGUCAGAGAGUUGCAAAAUAAAAAUGUAACUCCUGACAGGUCAGCUGCGCUCAGCAAAGAGCUGGUCGAUUUGGAAAAACAAUUCGAAGGUGAAGAAAAGUUAGCAUCCGAGAGCACACAAUCCGAUGAUGCAUCUUCGUAUAAGGAACUUGUAAGAAAGGCAAAAGAGUUCAUUCAAAAACACAAGCUCCAGAAACCAACUUCCUCUCAGUACCCGGAUCAAGGGUCAUCGGGAGUGAAGGGGGGAUCCAGCAGCAUCCGAAGGACAUUCUCUGCGCAGUAUAAGAGAACUCCCUAG